AUGUGUUUAUUUGAUUCCGAUCUGGGUAAAAAUAAAGCUUCAUCUACUGGAGACGAAGAACAAGCAUUGGAAUCUAUUGAGUCGAUUGCAUCCCACAUAAACGAGAUCACUAUUUCUAGAAAGCCAUGUGUUUCUACUACUACUCCCUCAAAUUCAUUGGAAUCACCAUGUUUUCUUCAUCAGACUCAGACUGAUGAAGAAACUGAUGAAAUCGUGUUGACUUUUGAGAGUCAACUGUUACAGGAGUCAAAUGGUAGAAAUAUUGAGAAACAACAAGCAUCCAAGGAAGAUUUUCCAAGUCCACCUCCAUUUUCAGCUGACUCGAUUAACUUUUUAGCUAAGUCGACUGUGGAGAAGAAGACUCCUGUUGUAGAUUUGAAAGCAAUUAAUAAACAGGAGACCUCAAACCCAUCUAGGAAUGUUAGUGUCAAAACUAGUUCUCAUAUUACUCUAUCAGAUUGUAAGGAAAAUGCCAGUAGGAUCUAUGCAACCCUCAAAGAGCUCAUCCUUGGUAUGAUGGAGAAAGAAUGGAAUGUAUCAUUCCAUUGGAAUGGAAGAUUCCUGAAUGAAUGUAAUUCCUUCUAUUUUCUGGAAUUUAUGAAGAGGAAUAAUUUUGUUAGCCCUAAAGUUACUUAUGAAACAGCAACUGCUUUGCAUGUACAGUUAGAUGAAUUUUAA